AUGGAUUUUGGGGGUUUCUCAAACUUGAUGUCAAUAGAUUUUGAGACACAUGGAGUUCUUGAUGCUGCAAACGCUGAACAAGAUCGUACCAAAUAUGAUGGAUCACAAACAUCUCAGUCUCGUAGAAGAAGAAUCAUUGAAGUUGAAGAAGAGUCAGAUGAUGAUGCAAUGGAAGAUGAUUAUGAACCAGUAAGAGUGAGGGUUUCUGCCAAUGUUGAUGGUUAUCUAAAUAAGAGAAAGAAACAACAUGUUCAGGCUGAGGAUGAUAAUGGCAAAGGGAUGUCAUCUAAGGCGCAGGAGAGAAAGAAACAUGAGGGAAAGGGUGAUCAUGGUGGCAAAGGGAAGCCGCAAAAGAAGAAACAAAAGACUGCUGAUUCUGAAGACGAGUCAGGUGAUCAUGAUAAAGGAAAGUCACCGGCUCAGAAACAGAGGAGACAAUACUCACCUGUGUGGCAAGAUUUUGUAGUGGUUACAAAGAAAGAUGGCUCUGAAAAAGCACAAUGCAAGCACUGCAAAAUUGAAUAUGCACAUGACUCCCACAACAAUGGGACUAAUGUUAUGAGACGACAUCUACUGAAGUGUAAUCUUAAGGCUACGACUGGUGAUGUUCGUCAGAUGGUGCUCAAUGCAGAAGCAAAACUGCAAGCAAGGAAGUAUGAUCACACUGUUUUUCGUCAGAUGGUAGCAAAGUGUAUCAUUCUGCAUGAUUUACCAUUUUCAUACGUUGAAUAUGAGAGGGUCAGAUCUGUUUGGACAUACUUGAAUGCAGAUGUGAAGUUUAUCAGUCGCAACACAGCUGCAAAAGAUGUUUACAAGUUCUAUCAGAGCGAGACAGAUAUUCUGAAAAAAGAAUUGGCUAAUCUUCCUGGAAGGAUUAGCUUUACUUCUGAUCUGUGGACGGCAAUCACACAUGAAGGUUACAUGUGUUUGACAGCACACUAUGUAGACAGAGACUGGAAAUUGAAGAACAAGAUUCUUUCGUUUUGUGCUCUACCGCCUCCUCAUACCGGUUUUCAGUUAGCUAUGAAGAUUCUUGAUGAAAUGGAAGAAUGGGAUAUCUUGAAAUCUCAGCUUGUGCUGCGAAAUGAUUUGGUCUGUGGUGGAGAAUUCUUUCAUGUCAGAUGUUCUGCGCAUAUCCUCAACCUUAUUGUUCAAGAUGGACUCAAAGUGAUCGGCAAUUCCUUGCAUAAGAUCAGAGAGAGUAUCAAGUUUGUCAAAGCAUCUGAAUCUCGUGAGCUGCUCUUUGCUAAAUGUGUUGAAUCUGUACGUAUUAAAGAGAAUGCUGGGUUGCUUUUGGAUGUUACUACACGAUGGAAUUCAACAUAUAAAAUGAUUGACAUGGCCCUGAAGUAUCAAGCAGCGUUUGGUCAUCUCAAACUUAUUGAGAGGAGUUACAAGUUUCACCCAAGCGAGGAUGAGUGGAGAAGAUUGAAGGAGAUGUGUGAUUUCUUGAAGCCCUUUGAUGAGAUUACUCGCCUCAUGUCAGGAUCGACAUAUCCUACUUCCAACUUGUAUUUCAUGCAAGUGUGGAGAAUUCAAAACUGGCUGACACAGAAUGAAACAAGUAGAGAUGAUGUUGUCCGAAGAAUGGUUAUACCGAUGAAGGAGAAGUUUCAAAAAUAUUGGGAAGAAGUCAGCGACAUCUUUGCUAUGGCUACAGUUUUAGAUCCACGUCUGAAACUAAAACUUGCAGAGUUUUGUUUUGGUAAAGUUGACAAGAACUCUCUGGAAAGAAAGAUGAAACAUUUGCGUGAAAAACUGCAGACCUUGCUUAGCGCCUAUGAGAACAAGGAAACAUCGAAUUCUCCUUCUGCAGAGACACAUGAAGCUGCUCCAGACCAAGUUGCAGAGGAUGAAGAAAGUGGAAAUUUCAGCAAUUAUGAUGUGAAGGAAGAUGAAGAAUAUGUUGAUGAUGAGACAUUACCAUCCUUUGAAUCCAUUAUCGAUGAAGAAGAUGACGCUUGA